AUGGCCCGCACGACGACGGAGCACGUCAAUGCCCCCUUCGGCAGCAGCGGCCCGUCGACGGCGGAGACGCUCAUGCCCUUCGCCUGCAGCGGCUUCGCGGCGUGCUUCGCGUCCUGCGUGAUCCACCCCAUCGACCUCGCCAAGGUGCGCCUGCAGCUCUUCGCGACGCAGAACCCGGGCGUCGCCGCGCCGAACUUCGUGUCGAUGAUCGGCGGCAUGGUGAAGCAGGAGGGGUUCGCGUCCAUCUACGCGGGCCUGUCCGCGAGCUUGCUGCGCCAGUCGACGUACGGCACGGCGCGGAUGGGCCUGCACCGGACGUUCAGCGACGAGCUCCAGAGGCGCAACGGCGGCGCGGCGUUACCGUUCGCGCAGAAGGCGGGGUCGUCCAUGCUCGGCGGCGCGCUGGCCGUCUGCGUCGGCACGCCCAUGGACGUCGCGCUCGUGCGCAUGCAGGCCGACUCGAUGAAGCCGGCGGCGGAGCGGCGCAACUACGCGAACGUCUUCUCGGCGCUGCGGCGCAUCGCCGUGGAGGAGAGCUUCGGCGCGCUCUACAAGGGCCUGGCGCCGAACAUUUUGCGGGGCAUGUCCAUGAACUGCGGCAUGAUGGCGUGCAGCGACCAGGCCAAGGAGGCGGCCGUCGCGCUCACGGGCGACGACCCGGCGGACCCGUCGAUCAAGACGCGCCUCAUCGCGGCGGGGGCCGGCGGCUUCUUCGCCGCCUGGCUGUCGCUGCCCUUCGACCUGCUGAAGAGCCGCCUGCAGGACGCGAAGGCGGGCGCGAGCCUCGCGCGGACCGCGGGCGACGUGCUCGCCAAGGAGGGGCCCCUCGCGUUCUGGACGGGCUUCGCCGCCUACUACUCGCGCUGCGCGCCCCACGCCAUGAUCAUCCUCCUCACCAUCGACGAGGUCAAGGCCAAGUACAAGGCCUACUUCCAGCUCUAG